UUAUUUCCUUUAUGUUAUGAUCUCAAGUGAUUUAUGGGAGCAACAUAGUAUAAGUAUAUGAACUUAAUACGCUUUAAACACUAUUCGUUGUUAAAUAGCUUCACAAAAUGUCGAUCCUUCAUUUGACCCUUCUUUUUAUGACUCUUGCUGCAGAACCAGUGUGUUCACAAUUUCAGAAUGACAAACGUUUAAUGGAAUAUAUGAUCGAAACAAGAUACGAAGUGAAGAAUCUGACGAAAGAUUUGAGAAAAACAGAGGAGUAUCUAUUAACUGCCUUGGAAUGGCGCAGAAAAGAAAUGAAACAGCUAGAAGAAGGAAUGCUGAACAUUACAGAAAAAGUUAACAAUCUUCAAGAAACUUUCGGUCACAACACGGUAGCUUUCAGUGCUUAUAAUCCAUUCGACAAGAGUUUACAAAAAAACGAAACUCUUAUUCUUCAGUCGGUACUCAUUAACGAAGGGCAAGGAUAUGAUACUAAAAGUGGAAUAUUUACGGCUCCAACUAAUGGUCUGUAUCACUUCACCGCCCAUGUUUGCAACACACACGCACUGGUCAUUCACUACGCUAUUGUGAAAGAUGGUGACUGGAUAGCAAGAUCACAACAGUUUGAACAAGCCGAUGAAAAUCCACAUAAAUACGCCGGCUGCAGUUCUGUUAGCGCCCUUACAAGGAUGGCAUCGGGCGAUCAAGUUUGGAUAAUGUGUACUUCUGGAUAUUCUUCAGCAGUUCAGAUUCACGACGACGACCAUCGUCGAAAUUCGUUUAUUGGUGUUCUUCUUCAUACAUAAUAAUUUACCAAUUAAUCAGAUCGUUGAUUGAUAUUUUAGAUCCCUCAUCAUAAUGUCGUUAACUUGUAAACUUCUUUAUUUAACAUGUUUUAGUUAGAGUUAUAAACAAAACUAUAAAAGUUACAUUCAUAAUAAUAUUUUAUUGUGUGUUUCUUGUAUUAAAUAAAGUGCAUGACUACUUCAAAGACAUUAUUUACUUCAUACAACAUGUGACAAUUAAACAAUCAUAUUUUAUAAACGUAUACAUGCAAUCUCUGCAUUAUAUCAUACUGAAAUUGUUAAGUUUACGACAUUUACUAACGUUUCAAGGCGAUGAUGAAUAUUAAACUAAUUCGAUAGAUAAAUAACCAAGCAACUCUACAUGUGGCAUUUUAUUAUUAAUGGUACCAUGUAAUAAAAAUGUUUUGUUGUUGUU